AUGGAUUUGACACAGGUUUCUGGCAUAGGAUUCGUUGGACUAGGGGCCAUGGGGCUUCCUAUGGCCGGACAUCUUGCAAAUAAAUUGCCAGGGCACAUUCGGCUCUUUGUGUACGAUAUUAACCAGCUGAGCGUUGAUCGGCUGCAUAACGACUACCCCGAGCGCGUGGUGAAGGUAUCAAGCGCAAAGGACGCGGCAGACAAAUCACAAAUAGUCCUCACGAUGCUACCCGAAGGAAAACACGUCCGAUCUGUAUACAUGGGAAGCGGCUCAGAGACGAUCUGCUCCAGCGACGUGUCCGGAAAGCUUCUGAUAGACUGCUCGACGAUCGACACCGCCAGCAGCCUGGCAGUCAAGGAUUAUAUCAACGAGCACUUCCCUACGGCGUCCUUCUACGAUGCACCUGUCAGCGGGGGAGUGGUGGGGGCUCAGAAAGGAACGAUAGCGAUUUUCCUCGGCUGUGACGGCAGCGAUCCCAACCUCCCUCACCUGACGAAGCUGUUGCAGUUUAUGGGCAAAGACGUGAUCCCAUGCGGAGGGCCGUCCAAGGGGUUGGCAGCCAAACUGUCGAAUAACUACUUGUCUGGGGUCAUCGCCAUCGCCGUCUCAGAAGCCAUGGAUAUGGGAAUGCGCUCUGGGCUGGAUCCACGAGUCCUGGCAAAAGUCUACGCAGCGGGCACAGCCCAGAACACCAUCUGCGAUCGGUUCUGUCCUGUGCCAGGAGUCUAUCCAGAGGCACCGUCGUCAAAAGGAUACACCAACGGGUUCAAAGUGCAGCUGAUGCGCAAGGAUUUUGCGCUCGCGCUAGAAAUGGCCAAGCGAGUCGGCUCGCAGAAUGUCCUGGGUGAAGCGGGACUGGCGACUUACGACGGUGCCAGCAAGGAUCCUAGAUGCAUGGAUCUGGAUUCCAGAGUCGUCUAUCGAUACCUGGGCGGUAACGAGGAUUGGUUGAAGGAUGCUGACGAGGCUACGGCUAGUCAAUUAAACGGCCGUUAG